CAGAUCUCAGCUGUGGUGAGGGCACCCGGUAGAAGCACAUUCCUGAGGCAGCCUGCGACGAAAAGGCAGCAGGACGGAGUGGAGGAGAAGUCGCGACAUCCUUUAAUUCUCUUUGUGACCACAUAAGACUGCCUCUCACCUCCACUCGGCUUGCACGCUUCUCACACAGACACUCGCUGGCUGCCUCACACACCAGCUGCUCAACCAGCUCUGCUGCCCUGUCAGAAGUAAAGGAUUUCACAGAGACGGAAAGAAUAAGAAACAGACUGAGGAAAAAGAUUGAAAUCACUGGAGAGAAGGAAAAGCUUCUCUUUCACUCGAGGUAGUGCCAUGCAGUGGUAAGCUGAGUAAAGCCAAGCUGAACUGAUCUGUUUUUGAAGGCCUUCUUAUCCCUCACCUGUCGAUCCCAGAUGGAGCUCAAAGUGUGGGUGGAUGGAGUUGUACGGGUUGUAUGUGGUCUAUCUGAGGAGACUUCCUGCCAGGAUGUGGUCAUUGCUCUGGCACAGGCCAUUGGUCAGACAGGCCGUUAUGUUCUUAUCCAGCGUCUAAGGGACACAGAAAGGCAGCUGCUGGCCACAGAGAGGCCUCUAGAGUCUCUGGCAAAGUUAGGCCAACAUGGCAAUGAAGUUCAGUUCUUUCUGCGCCGCACGGGCCCCAGCAGCAGUGAUGGACCUAACUCAAAACAAGAAAGAGCUACUCCCCUUCCAUUGCCCAAGCAUCCUGAACCAGAGCCUUCAAAACGUAGCCAGCCUAAAAAAGCCCUGACCUUUAGUUUGGGGCCAUCCACUUCUCCUAAAACCAAGGCCAAACAAUUUAAUAGGCCUCCUCGGGACUCCCCAGAGCAAAGAGCCUCCCCCUCUCCUUCAUCCAGCCCUCUGUCUCCUCAUGUGUCAUCCCCUUCUCCCUCACUACCUUCAAAAGAUGAGGUCUUCAGGAAAGUUCUUCAGCAACAGGAGAGACUGAGGGCCAUUGAGGCCCAGCUAGAAGCCUUAGAGAGGGAAUCACACACCUGGGAGCGUCCCUACCCAUCUCCAUGUCCCUCACCAGUCUCUGAUGCACACUUGCAAGAAGAGAUGGGUGUUUUGGAGCAAGCAAUGCGGAGAAACCAGGCAGAACUCGCACAUGAGCAGUACUGGGAGGAGGAGCUUAAAGCAGAGGUAGAAAGGGAGCGAGGAAUGAGAAGGAAACUUGGGGAGCUCCAUGCAAAGCUAGAUGACUGUGGACGGCGACUCCAUGAAUUUUCAGUUCGCUCUGCUCAACUAGAGCAAGAGAUCCAGCGGGAAACCCAGGCACAAGGGAAAGCCAAGGGGCCUGAGGAGUCACUUGAUGCUAUAACGGAAGAGCUAUGGAGUCAAGAGAGACAUGGGACAGAACUAGAGGAACAGCUAUCUGAGACUGACAGGGCUUUGGAGAAAGCAGAGUCUCUGCUGCAGGCGAAGCAGGAUGAGCUGGAGGAGUUGAAUAAGGAGCUGAGGCAGUGUAACCUGCAGCAGUUUAUUCAACAAACAGGUGUCCUGCCUGGUCACACCAACUCACGCACAGAGCUUCAGGAGCAACUGGAGCAAUUUCUACAGGAUGGAUACAAGAAUGACCACAACUUAACUUCGGUUGAAUUUCCACCUCGUCCUACUGCAAAGCAGUUCCUGGGACAUCCACGCAAUCUUCAAAACCCUCUGGUGUCCAGUCUCAACCCUGAGGUCCUGACAUCCCGAGACUCGUCAUGGAGAUAAAACAUGGACCACAGGGCCAAGGGAAAGUUGUUCACUGUUCUGUCACCAUCACCUCUUAUUUAACUCUUUGUUUUGUAACACUCAUCUAUUUUUUCAACCUACCAUGAUAUAUAUAUAUAUAUAUAUA